GCCACACGUGUGUAUCGAUAUACAUGCUAACUGUAAAUACUUUUUUUACUUUUUCAUAAUGUCUGCAAUUAUGCAUGUAUAUUUAUUUAAAAGUGGUGCGGUUUGUGAAGCAAGUGGCGCCCUCUGUUUAGAUGUUGUCGUCUCGCUCUUGAGGCGAGGGCGUGUCCCAGGGCGCCUCCCCCAGGGACGGACGCGCGGUCUACGAAGCCCGAGCACUCGGCACUAUCCCGCGACGCUUGUUAGUGUUCCGCAAAUUCACAACGGGAUAGCCCGUACAACCGGGACUCUCUCCCUAAACGAUAACGCAGAGCCGCCUAUCGGAAAACUUUAGUUCCAAAUUCAAACUUAGCUUAUUGUGUUUUUAAAUGUGUUCACAUUAUUAACAAUUUUACUUUAUAAUAAAACGGUUGAUAUUUUUAAAUAGAAGUUUAAAAAAGUGAAUAUAGUUCUGAAUUUGAAAAUUUGAAAUUACGCGGUAGAUUUCUUCGUUAUUUUCCGGGAGUGUUCGUGCGUCUUCGGGCGCCCGCUCGGGUGUCCGUGUGUUCGCGAUUCGGUCGGACGAGUUAAACUCGGCGGCGGGCGGCUAUACGGGCUCGCCUUGGCCGCCGCUGGAACUCGAUCCUGUGGGAUGGGGACGAAAGCUUUACCCGACAGGAACGCCGAGGUCUUCAGGUGGCCUCAUGUUCGGCCUGCAUCAUCAAGAUGGAGGGGUUCACUCCCAGCCUCGAGGACCUGUCACCUCCCUGAAAGAGGAACCACUCACAAGGGCGUGGAUGACUCCUACUUCUUUAGUUGACAAUACCAAUAGUGUGGGAGUUGGUCGCGCACACUUCGAGAAGCAACCUCCAAGUAACCUGCGCAAGAGCAACUUCUUCCAUUUCGUGGUCGCUCUAUACGAUAGAGCGGGACAACCGAUCGAGAUCGAGCGAACCGCCUUCAUAGGAUUUAUAGAAAAAGACCAGGAAGCAGAGGGUCAAAAAACAAAUAACGGAAUCCAAUAUAGAUUACAAUUACUUUACGCAAAUGGUAUACGACAAGAGCAAGACAUAUUCGUGCGUCUGAUAGACUCUGUUACUAAACAGCCUAUUGUGUACGAGGGACAAGACAAGAAUCCAGAAAUGUGCAGAGUGCUACUAACACAUGAAGUUAUGUGCAGCCGGUGUUGUGACAAAAAAAGUUGUGGGAAUAGAAAUGAAACGCCAUCGGAUCCAGUGAUCAUUGACCGGUUUUUCCUCAAGUUCUUCCUCAAAUGUAAUCAGAAUUGUCUAAAAAAUGCUGGUAAUCCACGCGAUAUGAGAAGAUUUCAAGUGGUGAUAUCAACUCAGGUGAUGGUGGAUGGUCCACUACUCGCAAUUUCAGACAAUAUGUUCGUUCACAAUAACAGCAAACACGGCCGGCGCGCGAAAAGGCUUGACCACACCGAAGGUAUUGACGCGAACAUCGAGCAUAAUUCCGGAUUAUAUCCACCGUUGCCAGUAGCAACGCCGUGCAUCAAGGCAAUAUCUCCCAGCGAAGGUUGGACGUCGGGGGGGUCGACUGUUAUUAUAGUGGGGGACAAUUUUUUCGACGGACUUCAAGUUGUAUUUGGUACUAUGCUUGUCUGGAGUGAGUUAAUAACAUCGCACGCUAUACGAGUACAAACACCGCCGCGGCACAUACCGGGAGUUGUGGAAGUCACAUUAUCAUACAAGAGUAAACAGUUCUGUAAAGGUGCUCCGGGAAGAUUUGUUUAUGUUUCAGCUCUCAACGAGCCCACGAUAGAUUACGGAUUUCAGAGGCUACAGAAACUUAUACCAAGACAUCCCGGUGAUCCGGAGAAAUUGCCAAAGGAAAUAAUAUUGAAAAGGGCUGCAGAUUUGGCUGAGGCAUUGUAUUCAAUGCCUCGCAAUAAUCAGCUAGGACUUGGAGCGCCUCGAUCUCCAUCAUCCAGCAUGCCCUUCAACUCCUACACGGGACAGUUGGCUGUGAGCGUCCAGGAUACUGCUGCAGCGCAGUGGACUGAAGGCUUUUUCUUUUAGAAGAGUACGCUCGUAGCGGCGGUGGUUCCGUCUCACCGCGGUACUGCUCAGCCGCGUCAACUCCACACGCGCCGUCCUACCCUCAUCCACAGCAUUACCCUGCGCCCCCCACCUCGCUCUUCAAUACCUCCU